AGGUCCAGGAAAGGCCCACCGCCUCUGACCUUCCAGUAGCUACCUCAUGCUUGGUGGCCUAGGAUGUAGGAUGACUAUGACUCUUGUCUUCAGUGUCCUGCUGCUACUGGGGUUGUGUGUAAAUGUCGCUGCAGGGGGCCCAUUUACAUCUGCAAGCACUCCUGGGGCCUUGAAUUAUGAGUUGCCUACUUCAGAGUAUGAGACUCCAGACACAUUCAACGCUGGAAUCGUUGGCCCUCUCUACCGAAUGGUACACAUCUUCCUCCACGUGGUCCAGCCAAAUGAUUUCCCUAUCGAUAUGGUCAGAAAAAUCAUACGGAAGGAUUUUGACUUUACAGUCGACCCAAAGGAGAUUGCCUACUAUGAAAUAGGAAUUCUGACCUGUGUCGUCCUGGGACUGCUGUUCAUUAUCCUCAUGCCUCUGGUGGGCUACUUCUUUUGUAUGUGUCGUUGCUGUAACAAAUGUGGUGGAGAAAUGCACCAGCGGCAGAAGCAUAACGAGCCGUGCCGGAGAAAAUGCUUGGCCGUUUCCCUCUUGGUCAUUUGUCUGCUCAUGAGCCUCGGCAUCAUGUACGGCUUUGUGGCCAAUCACCAAGAAAGGUCCUGGGUCAAGAGGACCGAGAAACUGGCAGAGAGCAACUACAGAGACUUGCAAGUGUUCCUGAACGAAACCCCAAAGCAAAUUGACUAUAUAUUGGCUCAGUACAACACCACCAAGAACAAGGCAUUCUCAGACCUGGAUGGUAUCGAUUACUUGCUGGGAGGCAGAAUAAGAGACCGAUUAAAACCCAAAGCAAUUCCUGUUCUUGAUGAGAUCAAGGCUAUGGCAACAGCCAUCAAACAGACCAGGGAUGCUCUGCAGAGCAUGAACAACAGCCUUAAGAGCAUAGACGACGAAACCACACAGCUCAGCGCCAGCCUGACCACCGUGAGAAACAGCAUCGAGGGUUCCCUCAACAGCAGCGACUGCACUUCAGACCCAGCCAGAAAGAUCUGUGACAGCAUCAGGCCAGGGCUAAGCAAUCUGGGGAGCAACCAUGACACAACUCAGCUCCCAUCUGUGGAUAGAGAACUCAGCACUGUUAAUGACAUCUACAGAACUGAUUUGGAGAGCCUCGUCAAAAAGGGAUAUACGUCGAUUGAUGAAAUACCUGGUAAGGUAGGAAACCAAACCAUGGCUGUCAUCGCAGACGUCAAAAAUGCUGUGGAUUCCAUCAGCUCCAACAUUAUGGAUGUAAGCCAAAGUAUUCCUAUUGAGAAGGUGCUGCUCGAGGUCUCCCAUCACGUUAAUAACAGCUACAGUUACUUCCACAAGGAGCUGCCCAAACUGGAAGAAUAUGACUCAUACUGGUGGCUGGUUGGUUUGAUUGCCUGCUUCCUGCUGACUCUCAUUGUGACCUUCUUUCUCCUGGGCUUGCUGUGUGGUGUGUUUGGCUAUGACAAGCGUGCCACCCCAACCAGAAGAGGCUGUGUGUCCAACACCGGAGGCGUCUUCCUCAUGGCUGGGGUUGGAUUCAGCUUCCUUUUCUGCUGGAUAUUGAUGAUCCUUGUGGUUGUUACUUUUGUCAUUGGCGCAAAUGUGGAAAAGUUGCUCUGUGAGCCCUAUGCAAACAAGAAAUUAUUAGAGGUUUUGGACACUCCCUACUUGCUAAAAGAACAAUGGCAAUUCUUCCUCUCUGGCUUGAUAUUGAAGAACUCAAGCAUUAACCUGACAUUUGAACAAGUUUACAGGGAUUGCAAAGGAGGUCUGGGUAUUUAUGCUACCUUUCAUCUUGAUAAUGUUUUCAACAUCAGCGAGAAUUUAAACAUUGAGGAGCAAACUGAAAAAAUAAUGAAGGAGUUGGAAAACCUGAAUGUGAAUAUUGAUAACAUUGAACUGUUGGACAAAACAGGAAGAAAAAACUUGGAAGACUUUGCACACUCUGGGAUAGAUGCAAUCAAUUAUUCCAUGUACUUGAAGGAGGCUGAGAAAUCUCCUACCAAAGUGGACCUGCUGGCAUUUGCCUCUUCUCUGGAAGCAAAGGCAGACCAGUUGCCUGAUGGAAAGUUGAAACAGGCCUUGAAAACAGAUGCACAGAAUAUUAGAACCAUUCACCAUCAACAAGUCCUUCCUUUGCAGCAAUCACUGAACACUUUAAAACAAAGUGUCUGGACACUUGAACACACGAGUGAGAAGUUGCCGGAGAAAGUGAGCAAGAUCAUUGCAUCUUUGGAUUCUGCUCAGAAUUUCCUCGCCAGUAACAUUUCUUCCAUCGUUAUUGGAGAAACGAUGAAGUUUGGGAGAACAAUAACAGGCUACUUUGAAUAUUACCUGAAGUGGGUCCUGUACGCCAUCACAGAGAAGAUGACAUCCUGCAAACCCUUGACCAACCUGAUGGACUCUGUUGUUAACGGUGUUCUGUGUAGAUACAGCACUGACCCUCUGAAUCUGUUCUGGUUCGGCAUAGGAAAAGCUACUGUGUUCUUGCUCCCUGCUGUAAUCAUCGCGGUCAAGCUUGCCAAGUACUACCGCAGGAUGGAUUCAGAGGACGUAUAUGAUGAUGUUGAAACUGUACCCAUGAAAAAUUUGGAAAACGGUAGUAAUGGUUAUCAUAAAGAUCAUUUAUAUGGUGUUCACAAUCCUGUUAUGACAAGCCCAUCUCGUUACUGACAAGUGAAGUUGAAAUUGCUUGAGCAUCAAGACAGUCAAAAGGGGGAAGGAUCCCAGACUUUGGACAGUUUCUGACCCUUCUAGAACUUUCCAAGUCUAGAAGGAAUCAAAUGUGGAGACUCGGGCAGGCACUGAGAACAUGACACCAGUGGUCUUAGGGUAGCACUUUGUCAGGAAUGAACAGUCCUGAUUAUAAUCCACGUGCCCAUGGCUAUUCAAGAGUGACUCUCCUGUUUUGUUUUUAACUUUUUUUACACUGAAUUUCUAUUUAGACACUAAAACAUAUAGGAGUGUUUGUUCCCCCAGAUACAUUUAUCUUAGAGCCAGCUAUUUGGAUGUCAUAGCUGGGUACCUAACUUACUUCUAUAUGUGGAGUGUGCUAAACACAAACCAGUUUACAGAACAGAUGUAUUUUGCAUACAGUAAAUUGUAUAUAUGUCCUUUCUCCGCAGAGUUUUGUUUUGUUUUUU